GAAAAAGACACCCUUAAAAUAACAUCCACAAGAAUGGAUAAAUUUGAUGAUUUAGUCCAGGACCACCUGGUUUAGAGGUGAGGUGACAAAGAAUGCCAGAUAGGAAUAGCAACAGAAAUACCACAAGAGAAAGAAAGAUAACAUGACAUGAAAUAUCACAUGCCAUUGCCUUCUAACUCUUUGACGAGCACUUAGAAAAAAAUGUCAUAUUUGUGGAAUAACAACAAAAUUCUCAUAAUCCAAUUAAAUGAACUUGUCUGCUAUUUUCUUCAACUCAAUAAGGAAGAACAAUUAUAUGACUCAUUCUUUUCUAGUCCCUUUCAAUAUGUCUGCAAUUAUUUUUUUAAAAUUCUACUUUAGCUUAGCCCAUAUGUUGUUAUUCUGCACAUAAAAAGGGAAGAAAUGCAUUAACUUCUUUUCUUCAAUUGCUGAACUAGACAACCAGCCAUAUCCACAAAUCAUUAGGUCCCAUAUUCAACAGCAGCACAUGAUUCUGCCUUGCCUACCUAACUCAGGUUGACAACUUUAGCUACAAUUAAAACUCAUUCUCUAGCCUCAACUAUAAAUGAACUGCUUCCAUGAGCCAGUUUGAUCAUCAAGCAGAUAGCAAUUACUCAAACCUUUUAAAAAGCAACCUACCUUUUUUUCUUUCCUACCUUCCAAAGAAAUCAAAUAUGAUUAGUGUUAAGAAACUCAUCAAGAUGGCAAGGAAAUGGCAGAAGUUUGCAGCCAACCAGAGGAAGAGAAUUUCUUUUCCAGGAUCCAAUGAUGCAGAAAGCUGUAGCACAUCAUCUUCUAUAGUUGGCAAAGGGCAUUUUGUGGUCUAUACAACUGAUCAGAAGCGAUUUGUGGUUCCUUUGGCUUAUCUUCAACAUGAGGUAAUCAGACAACUGUUGCACAUGUCUGAAGAGGAGUUUGGACUUCCAAGUGAUGGCCCUAUCACAUUACCAUGUGAUGCCUUAUUCUUGAAUUACAUCAUAUCACUCAUCAGAAGAGGUGUAACUGUAGAUCUUCAGAAUGCUUUGCUUGUAUCAGUCGCUUCCAGUCGAUGCUCAUCAGCUUCAUACCUUCAAGAACCAAGUCACCGGCAAUUCCUAGUUUGUUGAGCUAACUUCAACAAGUUUUGUAAAGCAUACAUGAUACUCAACAAGUGUACAGAAUGUUAACAUCUAAUUGUUCAUGAAAACUCCUUAAAUUUAUCCAAACUGUUUUAUUCUUUAUAAA